UUCCGCGCUGAAUAGGAAGUGUGGGCUAGUAGCAUUGAGGGGGUAUACUAUAGCAACACUAAUAACACACGUAAAACAUACCGCGGCAGAGCUAAUCAAUGGUACACACCUAAUUAGUUUGCACCCAGUAGCGUGAUCGAAGAAGAACAUGGCCGAUAAAGAAGUGUAUGACGACGCUGUGGAGGAAAGAGUCAUCAAUGAAGAGUACAAGAUUUGGAAGAAAAAUACGCCUUUCCUGUACGACCUGGUGAUGACCCAUGCCCUGGAGUGGCCCAGUUUGACUGUCCAGUGGCUUCCAGAUGUCACAAGGCCGGAGGGAAAGGAUUACGCAGUCCACAGACUGGUUCUGGGAACCCACACAUCAGAUGAGCAGAACCACCUUGUCAUUGCCAGCGUCCAAGUGCCCAACGACGAUGCCCAGUUUGAUGCCUCGCAUUACGACAGUGAGAAAGGAGCAGAGUUUGGUGGGUUUGGUUCAGUAAGUGGCAAAAUAGAGAUUGAGAUCAAGAUCAACCACGAGGGAGAGGUCAACCGAGCUCGUUAUAUGCCCCAGAGUCCUUGCAUCAUUGCUACAAAGACCCCGACCUCUGAUGUCCUGGUCUUUGACUACACCAAACACCCAUCUAAGCCAGAUCCCAGUGGAGAAUGUAGCCCAGACUUGAGGCUGAAAGGCCACCAAAAAGAAGGUUAUGGCCUGUCAUGGAAUCCCAACUUGAGUGGCAACCUACUCAGCGCCUCUGAUGACCAUACCAUUUGUCUGUGGGACAUUGGGUCAGGCCCAAAGGAUAGGAAGAUCGUGGAUGCCAAGACCAUCUUCACUGGCCACACAGCUGUUGUAGAGGAUGUCUCCUGGCAUUUGCUUCAUGAAUCCCUAUUUGGUUCUGUGGCUGAUGACCAGAAACUCAUGAUAUGGGACACUCGCUCUAACAACACAUCCAAAGCCAGUCACGCUGUAGAUGCACACACUGCAGAGGUCAACUGUUUGAGCUUCAACCCUUACAGCGAGUUCAUUCUGGCCACUGGUUCUGCUGACAAGACUGUUGCACUGUGGGACCUAAGGAACCUCAAACUGAAGCUCCAUUCCUUUGAAUCCCACAAAGAUGAAAUAUUUCAGGUGCAAUGGUCUCCUCACAAUGAGACAAUCCUGGCCUCCAGUGGCACUGAUCGGCGUCUGAAUGUGUGGGAUCUAAGUAAAAUCGGGGAGGAGCAGUCUGCUGAAGAUGCUGAAGAUGGCCCACCAGAGCUGCUGUUCAUCCAUGGUGGCCACACAGCCAAGAUCUCAGACUUUUCCUGGAACCCUAAUGAGCCCUGGGUCAUCUGUUCCGUUUCUGAAGACAACAUCAUGCAAGUCUGGCAGAUGGCAGAGAAUAUCUACAAUGAUGAGGAGCCAGACACCCCAGCAUCAGAGUUGGAGGCCCAGGGAUCAUAAGUCACUUUGUACAGUCUCUUUUCAAACUCCUCCUUGUCCUUCGCUCCAAACCUAACCUGUCAUUCUCCUCUGCCUCAUUUCCACUGCAACAUCAAUCACUUGUAGGGCUUUUAAUUUUGGUUCAUUGCAAUAUUUUCAUAGUAAACUUGCCAUUUGUAUUUUUUUAUGUGCUGUUGACCUUAAAUAGAUAUUUUUUCACAUUAUGAUAAUGCAGGAGCAGACACAAAUGAUUGCUUUCAACAAAUGCCUGUUGUUUGAUUGUAUUCAGUGAUCCAGAAGAUGAACAAAUGUUUUCCAGACGUUUCUCCACAAUACUUAAACAGUAGGCUAUGUAUUAAAAGAUAUCCUGAAAGACAGACUGUGCGAACUUUGGGCCAACAAGCAAUGACCAGGGGCAGGCCACGACUGCACAUUUUGGUAUUGAUCCGAUUUCAUGUAAAUAGAGUGACGGUAUUGAUACCGAUACUUUUUACUUGACAUUUUUCAAGCUCAUUGAAUGAUUUUAUGAUUUAACCUAUAAUUUGUUGAUGAUUAGAAUCCGAAAACACAUUUUAGGCAAACAGAAAUAUUUAAAAAAAGAUUUGUGAGCAAUUUAGCAACAUUUAAAUACAACAAUAUAAGACAAUUCAACAAUAUCAACAAAAUAGUACCAUUUAUUUUUAUUUUAUUUUUUUUUACAAACAAUUGUUUGAGCAAAAUAAAGUCAGUAGUGCAAAAUGAGUAAAGAAAAGCAAAAACUAUUGGCUGCCAUUCAAAAUACAGUGGAUCCCCGCACAUUUGCAAUCCAGCAUUCACUGCUUUUUUGGGGGGGUAAGAAAAAAGAAAUAAAAUAUUUUUAAUUAAUUUUUUCCAAAAACAGUUUCCACAGAAAACACAUUUCAUUCACCAUAAAAGUGGGUAAUAACUUACAAAUACAUGAUAAUACAGGUUUAUGUCUUUAUGCUUCUCUGAUCAUGUUUUUUCGUCAAGCAUUGAGAUUUUGCACUUUGUUCAGCAGUCCUUGAAGGCACCAUAGUAUGGAAACACUAUCUUCCACAGUCAGUCCGGCCUCAAAUCUUGCAGCGAGGUGAACACAAGUUAAUAUGUGAUGGUAAAUCCUCACUGGAAUUACAACGGCAAGGAGUGUGGAUUAUGUAGACGCGGCUUCUCUAGCCUGCUAGCCUGACAACCAGGCUGAAGGCUAUACUGUGACUCCCGUUCCAUGCGUUCAUCUUGCAUUAUAAAUCAUUAGUGGUGAGUAGCUAUACAUUUUUUACUUGUGUUUAGUAAGGGUGUGAGGUAUAUUUGGGCAUUAACCCUGUUUUGUGUUGCUAGUAAACAGUGGCAAUUGAAGAGAGAAUGGGGGGUUCUGGAGCUGAAUAUAAUUAAUAAUUAUAACAGUCACUUUUUUUAUAAAUGUUGAUCAAAGAUCGGAGGAAAAUGCGAACAUCAAGCCAGCAGGAGGGUUUGAAAGAGGGAGGAGUGAGCCGUGUUUCAAAAAUAGAUCUUUUGAUGGGCGUAUCAACUCGCUGCUGGUCCCGUAACAUAAACGCAGCGAAAAGUGGGGAUCUACUGUACUUCAAAGCCCUUCAGUAUCCAACAAUUUAUUCUCUCGCUAUUAAUAUUUGGAUCGAUCCACCCAUCCCACCCAAACAGUUCGAUGGAGCGAGCUAGCACUAAUUGAAAUAACAGGAAAUUAGCAACACAACCAAGCAUUGGAUCCAAUGAAUCAUAAUAAAUUAGGAGGGUGUGGUUCUGAUGGAACAAAGAAAAAGCAGUUUGUUGAGAGAACAUACUGUACGACAUAAUGUACUUCAACAUGCUUGGAGUGAGUUUGCGGUGUACCCCAGGGGUCAAUACUGGGACCAGAGUUGUUUUAUAUGGAAAUGCUGUUUGUAAGGCCACAGAGGAGUGAACGUUGGUAUUAUCUGCAGAUGAUAAUACUGCAUCUUAUGACUGGUUGAAUUAAUUUCUCUGGGGAAAACCAGUCUAAACCUUUUUUAUUGAAUCGAGAGGCUCCGUAGAAUCGUCUUUAGUUUCACUUUACACCAUUUUUGUGUUUUUGUAUUCCGUCGUGAAGGAAAUGCAUGGUAUACAGGUGUGACAGAGUUGAGCUGCAAUGCCCCCCCCCCAACCCCAUCCACACCCCAUUACCAACAAAUUACAAUAAAGAUUUUGUAA